AUGUCUCUUCCCGGCCAGAUUCCUUCUUACAACCGUUCUUUCAACCAUGUUGGAGUUGCAGUGCCAGAUUGCGAGGCCGCAGUGAAGUGGUAUACUGAUGUGAUGGGAUUUCGCAAGUUGCGAGAAUCUGUCCGGAUCAUUGAUCGAUCAAAGACGCCCGACUCAGUAAUAUUCAAAAUAUACGAUGAUAGGCUUCAGGUUCUGAAGCUCGCACUGCUUACGACUGGGAAUGGUGUUGGCUUUGAGCUCUUCGAAUUCGUCGAACCCAAAAUGACACAAUGCGCAACGUUUGAUUAUACUCGUGGCGGUGUAUUUCACGUGUGUUUUACUGAUCCCAAUCCUGACCUCGUGGCCGAAAAGGUAGUGGCUUCCGGCGGCAAGAAAUUCGGUGAUACCGUCAACAUGUUUGGAUCAAAGGAGAGGGCGGUCUAUUUGCAAGAUCCUUGGGGCAAUGUCUUCGAAGUGAUGAGUUGUAACUUCGACCACGCCAUGGCAAAUAGGCCGGAGUCUCCGGUUCAGGUAGAGAAAUAA